GUCAAGUCGACAUGUACACACACAGCAAGCGAGAGCUCGCCGAUGGGCGAGUGAGAAACGAGAUCGACAUUUCACACACUUCGUUUCGCGUCGCCUUCAUGACAGGAUAUAUCAUCUAACCACCGAGUGACGUGUGUGUGUGUGUGUGUGUGUGGAUACAGGAUAUAUCUAACCGUUACCGAGCACAGCGCGAGAGGACGAGACGAGUAGAGGGAAUUUGGGUCAGCGUUCCGCGGUGCAAAUGCGCGAGACUCAGACCGUCGUUGCUACUGUUGCAAUGACAAGCAACGAGGAAGGCUGAAGAGGAGAGGAGAGAGGAAGAGAGAAAAGAGAAGAGAGACGAGAGAAAAGAGAAGAGACUCUUGCUGCCGGGCGAUGUGGAGCGAGCUUGACUUGUCUCGCUGCUGCUGCUGUCUUGAGCGCGUGUUGUGUUGUGUUCCGUGCUGAGCGGAUUCUUCAUCAGCGCCUCGCGCUUUAAUUCAGCGUCUCGCACCUGAAAGUUUGACUCGCCAGCCAGACAGGCAGACAGACCGCCAGCCAGGAGGCUUUUUUUUAUAUACCCCGACUGGAAGUACCCCGAGACAACACACUUUUGCGGAAUGGCGUCUCAAAACGACUGCUGCGUGAAGGUCUCACUGAGGAUCCGUCCUCAGAUGGCGAAGGAGAAGAUAGAGGGUUGUCACAUCUGCACGCUGGUGACGCCGGGCGAGCCCCAGGUGCUUCUGGGUAAAGACAAGGCCUUCACGUACGACAGCGUGUUCGACACGGACUCGCACCAGGAGGCCGUAUACGCAGCCUGCGUCCACAAGCUCAUCGAGGGAUGCUUUGAAGGAUACAAUGCCACGGUCUUCGCCUACGGACAGACGGGUUCUGGUAAGACCUACACCAUGGGUACGGGUUUCGACGUGAGUGUGUGUGACGAGGAGCGGGGGAUCAUCCCGCGUGCCGUGCGACAACUCUUCAACGGAAUCCAGCGUCGUCGUGACGACGCCCAGAGCAGCGGAAUCCAACCGCCCGAGUUCAAAGUCAGCGCCCAGUUUUUAGAGCUCUACAAUGAGGAGAUCUUGGACCUCUUCGACAGCGCUCGCGAUCCGGAGUCCCGUGGGAGGAGAUCCAACAUCAAGAUCCACGAGGACGGCAGUGGAGGAAUCUACACCACAGGAGUCACCUCACGACUAGUCAACUCAGAAGAGGAGCUUCUUCAGUGUUUGAAGCUGGGCGCUCUCUCUCGGACCACGGCUAGCACCCAGAUGAACGCCCAGAGCUCCCGAUCUCACGCCAUCUUCACCAUCCACCUGGCACAGAUGAGGACCUGCACACACACGGUGAAUGGUUCAGGUGAUUCUCAGGUGAAUGGCGAGGUGUCUGACGCCCCAUUGGCCCAGCCGGAGUACGAGACUCUGACGGCUAAGUUUCACUUCGUGGACCUGGCCGGGUCCGAACGCCUCAAGCGGACCGGCGCCACCGGAGAGCGAGCACGAGAGGGGAUCUCCAUCAACUGUGGACUGCUGGCCCUGGGAAAUGUGAUCAGUGCGUUGGGUGACCAGACGAAGAAAGGAGGACACGUGCCGUACAGAGACUCCAAACUCACACGACUACUGCAGGACUCACUAGGGGGAAACAGUCGUACGGUGAUGAUUGCGUGUGUGUCGCCGUCGGAUCGCGACUUCAUGGAGACCUUGAACACCCUGAAGUACGCCAACCGCGCACGGAACAUCAAGAACAAGGUCGUCGUCAACCAGGACAAGACGUCACAGCAGAUAUCAGCACUACGCGCCGAGAUCGCACGUCUACAGAUGGAAAUCAUGGAGUACAAAGCGGGUAAGCGUCUGGUGGGCGAGGACGGGGAGGAGGGCUUCAGCGACCUGUUCCAGGAGAACAGCCUGUUGUCGCGUGAGAACGACACGCUACGCCUGCGCAUCAAGGCCAUGCAGGAGACCAUCGACCACCUCAACACACGCGUCACGCAGUUACUAAGCAACCAGGUCAACCUCCUGCUCACCAAGACAGGUGAAGGCAACGAGGAGAUCGGAACACUGAUCCAGAACUACAUCAGAGAAGUGGAGGAGCUCAGGUCUAAGCUCCUGGAGAGUGAGGCGAUGAACGAGUCUCUUCGCCGGAGUGUGUCCCGCCUCUCCUCCUCCGCACGCUCCCCUUAUCCCGCCCACCACCCCCACGGAGCCGCCCCAUUGGCUGUGGAGGCCGAGAUGACCGAAGUGAUUCGCCGAGCCAAGAUUGACAUCGAGCGGCUGAAGAAGAAGAGCCAGAGCAGGAAGAGGUGA